CGGUAGCUCUGAGACGAGACGCCUGCGCCCCGCGAUUGUGACCAAUUUUGUCGCCAUAGGAUCUUCGUGCUGGGACUGAAAUACCGUCACAGAGCUUCGAGUCGACGGAGAGAGCAACCGAAUCGCUUCACCGUGGCAUGUGGAAGUCGGCGGUAGAGCCCUAUGGCAGCACGGUGCGUUGGCGUCGAUAGUGUUCAGCAUUGGCGUCAUCACCGUACGAUCUUCCGCCGAUUCCAUGGCGGAAGCUGCCCAUCGCCAUCGUGUUGAAGUGUCAGUUGCCUCUGGCUUCAACGGUAACGCACCCGCGUCUAAGCCCACUUUUCAACGGUUGGCCCAUGUCGCGAACCCUCCUUUUCGUGUUGCUUCUCUUGGGGCUGAGCGCGCCCUUGGUCGUCGCCCGGGCCGAGUACGUCUCCCGCCUCCCGAACGGCAACAACGUCGCGAGCUCGGCCAUGAUUGGACAUGUCGGUAGCGGCGCGUCGCUCAAUGCGUUUGGACGGGACUUUGACGGCAAGUGGACCGUGAGCUUGUGCCAGAAAGACUCGGACGGCGACGGCCAAACCAACGGCCAAGAGCUCGGCGAUCCGUGCUGCGUCUGGUCCGAAGGCGGCGCACCGCCGCUGCAGACACGAGGUCUCUCCAACCCCGGUGACCGCUCGAGCAAGCGAACGUCGUCAGCGCUCAAUAUCACGUGCAACAUCACCAACACCAUGAGCUCUGCGAGUAAGAACGACUUCCACGCUACCUCGGCCGCCCUCGUGACAACUGUGGUGCUCUUCAUCGUACUGCACUAGUUGAAUUGGAAUUUAAACGGCCUUUUUU